AUGAAUAAAACUGGGUUUUUUAAUAAGAAAUAACCUAUCCCUAAUAAUAGUAUGAAAAACACUGUGGGUCUUCUAUAUUCCAACUUAUUUCGUUAUUAAGUAACAAAUAAAAUAAGGAAUUUUUAGGAUAAUAAGUAGGAGUAAUAAUUGUCUAUAAAACUUAAUAAAUCAAAUAGUGAAUAGCACUUUAAAUCAAACUAACUCAAUCCUUCUCCUUUUGCUAAGGUUAAAUUGAAUGAAGAGAGUAGAGAAAUGAAGUUAAAUUUGAAUUAGAGCGAUUUAUCAAUUAGUAGAGAUAAUCAAUAGCCAAAGAGAUUUAUUUUUGAUCAAAUUAAACAUACAACAAAUUUAGGAUAAACGUUAGUCGAAAGCCAAUUUGGCAAGAGCUUAAAAAAAUUUACAAAUACUGAUAAUAGUAUAUGUUAAUAGUAAGAUGAUAAUAAAAGUGAUAUGUAAAUUGGCAUUGAUUAAAUUUAAGAAGGAUCCUUUGAUAAAUAAGAAAGAUCCUUUUUCAAUACUAGUUAUGUAGGAAAAAUAAAAAAGAGUGCUUCCUCCCUUAGAGAUUAGAAAUAUUAUAGUAAAAAAGUAAAUAAGUCAAAUAAAAAGAUCGAAAGUUUAAAUAAUGAUAGUAAAAUUAAAGCACUAGUUUAACAAAUCAAUCAACUUAACUUUUAAGAAGACCCUAUCAAAGAAGUAUAAGAAGUAUUAUAAAAUGUUUAUAACGAUGAGCAUGCUCAGGAUAAAGGAAAGAGAAAGUAGCAUUUAAAGGAAUUGAUUUUUGACCCUACAAGCAAUUCUACUAAAAAAAGGAAUAAAAAGAAAUUGUAAGUUAAACUCUCCUCAGAAAAUAUUUCUUCAUCAAGCUUGAAUAUUGAAGAUGAUAAUGAAUAAUAGACUUAAAAUUAAAAAAAGUAGAAGCUUAAAAACUAAUAGAAGUAAUAGGCUGUCAAUUUAGAAGGUUUUAGAUUGCAUCGAAGUUUUUCUGAAGAGGAUCAGUAAUAAAAUUAACAAAAUGAGUAGGGUUAGUCAUCAAAAAACAAUAAUUAAGAAAAUCAAGGAAAUAAAAAAAAAUCUGGACUGAUAGAGUUAUUAGAAAAAAAUUAGAGCAACAAAGCUUAAAAUUAAUUUAAUAAUCUUUAUUUAGACCACUAUAAUCGCCUCGGUAAGGAAGAGUGGAAGACUACUAAAUUUUAGAUAGGUGAAUUUCUGUGGAAUGCUAGAAUAGAUCAAUUGAAAGCCAGUAUAAAAAAGAAAAUGCCUGCAUAUUCAACUGUUCUUUUAAAGCAAUGGGAAGAUUAUGAAUAUUUACCAAACACUUAUGCAACAAAAAGAAAUAUCUCCCAACAUAGAGAGUAUACCUCUCCUUAGAAUUACAAGUUUUCAUUUAAAUUUUAUUCUCCUUCAUCUGCCUUAGCUAAUUAAAAUAAUACAGACACAAUGUCUUCUUAAAAUUUACAUGAUAGACCUAUGAAGAUAGAUAAAAUAUCUGUAGAUGAGAGUUUGCUAAAACGAUAAACUAAGUAAAAUUCUCCUUAUUCUACUCUUAAAAGUAACAUCAGCUAUGAAAGAAAUCUUUUAUCCACAGCCUAAAGUGAUUAUUAAUAAAUAUAUUAGACAUAACCUAAAUACGAAAUGUCAAAAAGAGAUAUAUAAUUUAAGCCAAGCAUGUCUACCAAAGCACUAGAUGGUAAAAACUAUCAAAAAGAGUUUUUAUAAGCAUAAGGUAAAUUAAGAACAAGACAAGAUGAACUAAAAAGAAUAGUUUAAUAAAUACACGAUUUUGAAUAAGUAACAAAGAAUUAGCCAGUCAUACCAACACAGUUAAUAGACUUAGCAAAAAAAUAAUCUUAAACUUCGUUUUUCUAACUUUAGGAUAUUGGCAAAUAAAAGAAAACAUUUAGAUUUUUUGAAAAAACUCCUUAAUACUCUACCUAAGUGGAAGUAGACGAUAUCCAGACUUUAAAGCAACUAAAAUAACGUUCAAAUACUUAUAAAACUUUUAGAAACCAUGUUAGGUAGUAUCUAACUCUUUAAAAAGAUUGA